AUGAAUGGAACUCGGUUCAGUUUGCAGUUGCUUGAAAGGUUUCCCGGGAACUUUUCCUUGAGUCCUCCCAGUAGCAACCUGAGCUUUUGGGAGACCAUCCAUUUGAACGUUAACCUCCUGUUUUCGGGUUAUGAGCCCACAACCAUCGUCCUGGAGGUAAUCUAUUCGUUGUCCUUUAUCACUGGAUUAGUGGGGAACAUCAUGGCUCUGAGGGUCCUGACGAGAAGGAGAGGCAAUCGCUUGGCCAGAGCGACCCGGAGCCUCUUGAUCAACCUGUCUGCCUGUGAUAUGAUGGUGGUGUGCAUCUGCAUGCCCGUCACACUUGGACACCAGGUCUACAACGCUUGGGUGUUCGGAGACUUCAUGUGCAGGGCAGUGCCCUUCGUGCAGGCGGUAGCGGUCUCCGCCAGCGUGCUGAGCCUCGCCGUGAUCAGUCUGAACCGUUACUACAGCGUCCACAGCCCGCUCCACGCUAGGGCUUUCUUCACCUGCAGAAGGGUCCUGGGAAUGAUCUGUGCUGUCUGGCUUUUAUCCUCGGCGCUCUGCAUACCCCUGAUCUUCAUGAAUAAAACUGAAAACCUGGUGCUGUUGGAGGGGAAGCUGACCAUCCCGGUGUGCGCCGAAAACUGGCCCGACGCGAAGCUGAGACAGGGCUACAACUUCCUACUCUUCUGCGCUCUCUACGGCUUCCCCGUGCUCUUCAACCUCGUCAUCUGUUUCCUCACGGCCCGCCGGCUCUGGGGGAGCCAGGAUAGGCUCCAGGAGGGCAACAAGAGGUAUUUAGUGGGCAACAGCGCCAGGUUGAAGGCGCGCAAGAAGAUCGUGAAAAUGGUCGUGGUUCUUGUCUUGCUCUUCGCCUUGUCCUGGCUGCCCUUGUAUGCAAUUGAUAUGUGGAUCGAUUUCAAGAUGCCGAACGCUCCGCUGGACAAUCUCCACCAAGGAUGGAUUCUUCACAUCCGAUCUUUUGCGCAGUGGCUGGGCCUCACCAACUCUAGUCUCAACCCUCUCUGUUACUGCUUCAUAGGAAACUUGUAUAGGUCUGUGCAGAAGUUCAAGAAAACCUGCAGACAACGGAUUUAUUCCGUUUUCAGUCUAACCGUGGGCAGCGCUCCGGCUCCGGGCGGCGCUUCUAUCCUGCUUCAGUACCGAGCUUCCCCUCACGUAGUGGAAAGUGAAUGCAGCCGGACUCCGAACCAAAGCACAAGCCUAUCUUCUGGAAUUACUUGUGGGACAUCGUUUGACUAA